AUGCGUGCAGCCGGGGCUGGGAAGGGAAAUGUUAAGGCGGUGGGGGGCUGCUGUCCGGACUGUGGGCACUGUCGGGGCUGGGGACGACCGUGGGGCGCUGACUGCCAGGCUGUCGGGGCUGAGGGCGAGAGUGCCGCCGGGCAGUCGGGAGGGGCGGGGCUGGUGGCGGCGGGGGUCUGCCGGAGCUGUGAGGCCAGGGGUAUGGCUGAGCGAGGCGGGGCGGGACUCACCUUGGCGGCGUCUGACAGCUGCGCCAGCAGCAGCACGGAAAGCGCCAGGCACGACAGGCUGAGCAAGGAGCCAAGCCGAAGAAGGCCUCCCCACAGGGUCGCCAUCGCUGGGGGCCCAGCGGUCCCACAGCCCGGAGCCCCCGCGACCGGCUCCCGGCUCGGGCUCAGGCUCAGGCACAGGCUUGGGACCCGGCUGGGGAUCCUCCGCCCGCACUUCCGUCUGGACGCGAAGGCGUCACCGGGCGCGCCGGGUCAGAUGCAAAAAGCAUCCGCCCCGGAAACGGUUCCCAGUGCGAAGGGCCGGGAGGCUGGGCAGUCCUGGUGCCCGCCUUGGCCUAGCCCCGGCCCCGGGACGGAAGGGGGCCUCUGGGGUGGCAGCCUGGGCCCAGUAGGGCUUUGCAUCUCUUGGAUAUCUUUCCCGGGCGCAGAAGCUGCGGGGCUUAGGGAGUCGCCAUUGCGCUGGAAAGUCCUCCCGCCCACGGAGACCCCAGCAAACUCCGAGUGUCGCACAGUCGCCUCUGGCGACCCGUGCGGGCCGGAGCCGUUCGCGCACAGGAACCAGGGUGGCAGGGCUAGAUGUCCUCUCACCAGACUGCCCAGCGAAGGUGCUGUCACUUUGAUGAAUUAUCAAGGCUUUGUAGUGGGUGUUCUACUGGACAAAGGACAAACUGGAGACUCCCUGGAUCGAAUGUGUGAAAAUGUUAUAGUGCUGUCAGGAAGUGCUGUUCUGGAAUACAGAAUGUGGCUGCCGUGAGUGGAGUGUGACUAUGAGAUAGUCGCCUGACUGGAGACAGUGAAGCCUCAGGCCAAGGUAAGGAGAGGGCUGACAAGGAAGAACUGGCACAACUAGAGCCGAAUGUUUGGGGGAGGUAUAUGUCUGCCAAAAAAUGAAUAUAAUUUCAGGUGACUCAGUAGAAGUGGAGGGAUCAGUUUCUCUUGUUCCGCCCUGCUCUUAUCUAGAUAACUCUUACUUUUCCUUUAGGUCAGGGCUCUUCUAAGCCAGAAACCCUUCACUGACUGAAGUGCACUCCUUUCUAUGUUUGCAUAGCUCUCUUUCUUAACUUUACCCCAUUAUAGUAAAAUUAUGUUUUCACACCUGCCUUUAUACCCAAACCUCCACCAAAAUAUUGUGAGCUCUCUGAGGGUAAGGACUUUGUCUUAUUAUUGUUAUACCUGGAGACAGAUUAAAACAAUAUGAUAUUUGUGGGGACCAGGGAAAAGGGGAAUGGGAGAGGUUCCUCCGGUUAGUCUAAAAGAAAAGUAUCAGGCACCUACUUGAAUCCUUAUUUGAUUUCUUUCUGACCAUGAGAGGGGAUGCUGAGAUGCCCAAAGAUGUGCAAAUGGCGGGAUCCGGCGCCCCAUAGUAGGCAGGGGAGUGAAGAUUUCUCACGUCGGGUCUUCCUAGACCUUUAGGUCACACGGGAAUUGUUCUGUUUAUAGACGGCGCUGGCCUUAGUACUCACUCUCCCUCUAUUUUCCUUGCUUCCUUAUAACUAGGUUUCCCUACUCACUUCCUCAAAAAGAGUGAUGUAGGUCCAUGUGUACCCUCCCAACUGGCCUGGGUCCUCUCACUUCUUUGUAAGGCCUGAAAAAUUCCCUGGUGGGGGAUGGUUAGAAAAGGAAGAGGAAGCUUCUUUGUAAGUGUGCAAGUCAGAAGGGGAGGGAGAAAAGUGACAAUUUAUAUAUCUGGGACAAAUAUAUCUUGGACCCAGGUUUUGCCACCUGUCUGCAUCCCCCCAUGCCCUUUCCCCUCCAGUGAUCAAAUAGCUCUCUGGAUGCCCCUUAAUUCUUCCACCCCAUCCAUUCUGAUCUACCCAGCACUUGCCUAGGCAAUACCAGUCCAGGAGAACAAAUGGAGUUAUGCACAACAUUGGUGAUUUCCUUGUAUUGUGGCUCCAGUGGUUAUGGCUGGGGACACACACAUCCUUCCAGUUAUUUCUGAGCAUACUCUGGAAACGUCUUAUGAGCCCUCUUCUUUACUGUGUGCACCCGCUAGGAUGCUCCCUCCUACUCAGCCCUGUUUAGUGGGAUUUUUUCAGCCCACUGUAAAGCCUACUGCUGCCUGUAAAGCCACCUAAGUGCAUCACUUGCUGGUGUUCACCAUGAUAACAACAAUGUAUGGGGACAGAAUAUGUUUCUAGAGCUGCUGGUGCCACUACUGACAAGUUACUGGGUUCCCUGAAAUAAAACACCACAGUGCAGGUGAGUACCAAAGUGGGGAGAAUUUUUAGUUCCUUUUAGAGGUGCUAAAUCAAUAUUGUUGAUUUCCCAGUACCUUAGAAUAUUUAAUGAAAACAGGUCAGGUGCAGUGGCUCACACCUGUAAUCCCAGCACUUUGGGAAGCCAAGGCAGGUGGAUCACUUGAGGUCAGGAGUUCAAGAACAGCCUGGCCAACAUGAUGAAACCCCAUCUCUACUAAAAAUACAAAAAUUAGCAGGGCAUGGUGGCAGGCACCUGUAAUCCCAGCUACUCCGGAGGCUGAGGCACGAGAAUCGCUUGAACUCAGGAGGCGGAGGUUGUAGUGAAUCGAGAUCAGCCACUGCACUCCAGCCUGGGCGCAUGGUGGCUCAUGCCUGUAAUCCCAGCACUUUGGGAAGCUGAGGCAGUCAGAUCACUUGACGUCAGGAGUUCAAGAACAGCCUGACCAACAUGGUGAAACCCCAUCUCUACUAAAAAUACAAAAAGUUAGCCAGGCGUGGUGGCAGGCGCCUGUAAUCCCAGCUACUCAGGAGGCUGAGGCAUAAGAAUCCUUGAACCCAGGAGGUGGAGGUUGCAGUGAGCUGAGAUUGCACCAUUGCACUCCAGCCUGGGCAACAAUAGUGAAACUCCGUCUCAAAACAAACAAACAAAAAAACUUAAUGAAAACAGUCCCUCCUAAGAUUUUCAAAUAAAUGAAAUACCACAUUAAUCAUAUUGUUUUAUUUUUAUCAUUACAUUAAAAAUCAAAUAGUAUCACUAGGUUUAUAAUGAAAAACAGCAGACCCUGUCCCAGCCCUCUACACUCUCAGUUUCUACUACCUAGAUAUAAUCUCUGUUCACCCAGCUACCUCUUCUGGUAUUUAUCUCCGUAUUUCUAAAUAGCAUGCUUAUACUACUAGUUCUUAAUUUUUCAGUUUGGGCCAUUAUUUUACUUUUUCUAUAGGAAAUAAGAUAUGUGUUUAUACUCUGAAGACUGCUAAUACACACAUGUAUUUCUCCAUCUUCCCUCCUUCAGUUUAUCUAUAUCACCCUAUAUAGGUAGAGUACUAUUCAUUAUACUAUUAUAAAGGUAUGUAAUUGAUCCAAUUAGCAUAAUAUAUUUCCUUUAUUUUGAUUGAAGUUAACUAUUGCCUUUUUCUCCAUGCAACUUUCUUAAGUACCUAGCAUUCAAGUGUCUAUAAUCAAUUUAUUCCAAACUCUCCUUUCAAAACAUUGAAACACAUCAAGUAGUCUAUCAGUUUAUUUUUUAAAUUGGAGACAACUCUCUAGGAGCCCAUCAGCCUCCUUCACUCUGGACUAGUUUUUCUCUAAGCCUACUGCACAGCUUUUGUCCUGAAAUAAUUUCAUCCUUUUUACACUGUUUUCCACUUCUUUUUGUUCUUCUGAAAGAUUUCCACCUUCCAGCUUUUCUUUUGAAUUUUAAAAUAUCUGUUAUCAUGUUUUAAAUUUACCAGAGUACUUUCUUGUCAACCUCUCUUUUAAUUAACAACAUUUUUUAUUUUUGUAAUUUAAAGUUUUAUUGUAAAUUGACAAGUACAAAUUGGAUAUAUUUAUGGGGUACAAAGUGAUGUUAUAUGUAUACAAUGUGGAAAGAUUAAAUCAAGCUAAUUAACAUAUCCAUCACUUCAAAUACUUCUUUGUGGUGAGAAUACUUGACAUUUACCUUCAGCAAUUUUGAAAUAUACAAUACACUAUUAUUAACCAUGCUAUACUCUUUAUCUCAAAAAAUGUAUUCCCUUUAUCUAACUGAAACUUUGUACUCUAACCAACAUCUCCUUGUUUCCCCUACCACCCCUUCCCCCUACUCUCUGAUAACCAUCAUUCUACUCUGAUUCUAUGAGUUUGUUUUAGAUUCUACAUUAGGAAUCAUGUGACUUUGUCUGUCUGGGCCUGGCUUAUUCCAUUCAGCAUAACGUCCUCCAGGGAAGCACUUUCUUGUCCACCCCCUUCCCCUUUUUAAAUAGCAGUCUGUUCCAUUUGGUGGAUGCAGUAUCUUAUUACUCUAAGAAUAUUUCUAAUGUUUUCUUUUGUUUCUUGAAUUGUCUGUAUUGAAUUUUUAAGGUUUGUUUCUGUUUUGUGUUGGAAGCUUUUCUUAAACGUCUAGAGAUCCUUGGCCAUCCAUUCAUAUGUAAGAGUGGGGCACUAGAAAGCCGAUAGGAAGUUCUGUGUACACUGGCCAGUGAGGUGGCUCACACCUGUAACCCCAGCACUUUGGAAGGCUGAGGCAGGCAGAUCACUUGAGGCCAGGAGUUCAAGACCAGCCUUGCCAACAUGGUGAAACCCCAUCUCUACUAAAAAUACAAAAAUUAGCCGGGCUGGUGGCGCGCGCCUGUAAUCCUGGCUACUUGGGAGGCUGAGGCUUGAGAAUCUCUUGAACCCGGGAGGCAGAGGUUGCAGUGAGCUCUCCAGCCUGGGCAACAGACCAAAACUCUGUCUCAAAAAAAAAAAAGUUCUGUGUACAUACUCAGGACUUGUAAUUGGUAGGACAUACUGCAGUAUUUUUCAAACUUCUGGUCGCAAACCCAUUAGUAGUUUGUGAAAUCAAUAUAAUCAGUUUUAUUUCCCCCAAAUGACAGAACAGAAUAGAAAACACCACCUCAGAAUACAUCAUACAUAGAAAGGGAAUUAUUUUAUGAAACUUUGGUUUCUUACACAUAUCAUAUAUACAUAUUAUGUACUGGUUUGAUCCCAUAAAAUGGGAGGUUUUUUUUUUUUUUAUUGUGGGUGUUUUUUCAAAGAAAUUUGAAAAAGUACAACUUAGGAUAAUCAAGGAGAUCUCCAACUGUCAGGACAGGUAGGUCUUUUAUCUUAGAGAGGUUAAGUUCCGGCCCAGUGCGGUGGCUCAUGCCUGUAAUCCCAGCACUUUGGGAGGCUGAGGUGGGCAGAUCAUGAGGUCAGGAGAUUGAGACCAUCCUGGCUAACACGGUGAAACCUCAUCUCUUCUAAGAAUACAAAAAAUAAGUCAGGCAUGGUGGCACGCGCCUGUAAUCCCAGCUACUCGGGAGGCUGAGGCAGGAGAAUCAUUUGAACUCGGGAGGCGGAGAUUGCCACUGCACUCCAGCCUGGGCGACAGAGCAAGACUCUGUCUCAAAAAAAAAAAAAAAAAAAAAACGGAGAUAAGUUCUCCUGGAGUAAAAUUCUCUAAACUUUUGCCUGCCUGCUAGUCUGAUAGACAGUACUCAUUCAUUCAGGUAUUGGUUGAGGACUUACUAUGUGCCAAACACUGUUCCAGGUUCUGGGUAUACAUCAGACAAAACUGUCUCCUGGGACUAGAUUCUAGUGAGGGAGAUAAACAGUGGGUUAUAUAGUAUUUAGGUCUUGCGCUAGGUAGCACAGCAACGGAAGGGAAAGAUGAACAUAUGCAUAUAGAUGCUGGUAAGAGGGUGGAUGUGGUGGAUGAAUGAAGUGGAAAACAAGGUCAUCAUCUGAGAGUGAAAAUGGGGAGGAAGUGUUGGAAGAAAAGAGAAGGUGUGAAAUAAUUUAGGACACAGCACAGCAAACUAUAGCCUUUGGUGAAAUCCUAUUUUGGUGCAGCCCACAAGCUAAGGAUACUUUUUUACUUUUAAACGGUUGGGGGAAAAAUUUAAGAUGAUAUUACAUCAUGGCAUGUAAAAAAAAAUGCAAUUCAAAUUUCAUUUAUUUACAUAUUGCCUCUGGCUACUUUCAUGCUACAGUGACAAAGCUGAAUAAUUGCAAAAGAGACUAUGACCUGCUAUGCCAAAAAUAUUUAUCUGGCCCUUUACAGAAAAAGUUGGCUGACUCCUUAUCUAGGAGGAUGGGAAGGUAUAUAGAGUAGGGAAAUAUGAUUAUCAGGCAGCAUUAAGGCCUGAAGGUUAUGGACAUGAAUUUAAAGUAAGACUAAACAGCAUAGUUGCUGCACAGAAGUAGAUACAAAGGCAAAGAGCUGGCUUUAAAGUUGUGAUUUUGCAAACUGAGAGUGACAAAAAGGGGUAGACUAAGUUAAAAGUACAUGCAAGUUGCAUGAUUAUAAUGAUUGAUCCUGGGAUUUAAGUUGAUUAUGACAGGAACAGAAGGAACUUGGAGAUUAGGGACAAUGAAAGGGUGGUAGUGAAAGGAGUGUUGGAGUUAAGUUACUAGAUGUCUGGAAGACAGACUGUGGUGGUCACAUAAUGAGAUAGAUUAUGGAGGGGUUACAGUUUUUGGUAAUAACGAGAUAGAUCUAAGGUAUGACUGAGAGUGAAUGGAUGAGAAUAGCAGAGAACAAGGUCAGUGGAAAACUACUCUUCAAAGAACCUAUAGUCAGGGUGUUGAAAGAUUAAAAAUUGCCAAGAAUUAAAUCAGGAGUAGUGCUGCGGGAAAUGAAA